ACAGCGCAGUGGGGCCGAGCUGGGCGGGAGGAGCGGUCUGAGAGUGCCUUGCCGUUGUUUUCCCCAGCGGUUCUUCCCGAGCUCGUGAUGGCGGCCGUGGCUCCAGUACCGGUUGAGGAGCAAGCUAGUGUGACCGUGUCAGGUGCCGACAGCAGUGGCGAGUUGCCCAACGCCGAAGGCGAAGUUGGAGUGGCAGAAGAGAAGGACGCAGCCAUGAAAGCGGAGGCCCCUGGGGACAGCGAGGAGGACGGGGAGGACGUGUUCGAGGUGGAGAAGAUCCUGGACAUGAAGAACGAGGGGGGUAAGAUCCUCUAUAAAGUUCGAUGGAAAGGAUAUACAUCAGAUGAUGAUACCUGGGAGCCUGAGAUUCAUCUGGAAGACUGUAAAGAAGUUCUUCUUGAAUUUAGGAAGAAAGUUGCAGAGAACAAAGCUAAAGCAAUCAAGAAAGAUAUUCACAGAUUAUCUUUAAAUAAUGACAUAUUUGAGGCGAACUCUGAUAGUGACCAGCAAAGUGAGAUGCAAGAAGAGACUUCCCCAAGGAAGAAAAAGAAAAACUUAAAGCACAAGGAGGAGAAAAGCCCAAAUGACCUGAAAAAGAAAAAAACAAAAACUGGGAGACUAAAAGAGAAGUCCAAACCUGAGCUAGAGGGCUCCUCUGAAAAUUUAGUUUUUGACUUAAGGACAAAAAAAAGAAUUUUGGAAGCCAAGGAAGAAUUAAAGGACUCCAAAAAACCCAAAAAGGAUGAAAUAAAAGAAACAAAGGAAUUAAAGAAAGCUAAGAAGGCUGAAAUAAGAGAUUUAAAAUCUAAAAUAAGAGAAGAACCCAAAGAUAACCGAAAAACAAAAAAAGAGAAAUGUCUUGACUAUCAGCUAGAGUCUGAAUCAGGCGUACCUAAUGAUUCCCCUUUUCAGGAAAAUGACAAUGAAGAGUUACACUCUGACAACAGAGAAGAGGAUCAAAAAAUAAGGCCUGCAAAAGAUAAAGCAGAGCAAGAUGUGGUGCGAGCAGGUAUUUCUGAGAAGCAGCUAGAUGGUCCUGUCAGUACCGAAGAGGUUUUUGAUGCCAAAGCCAAGAGGAAGAAGAAGCUGAGGAAGUCUGAGGAACUGAAAGACAUCAAGAAGCUAGAGAACAUGAGCCCUUUCUCAGAAAGGAAGACUAUACCUAAAAAGCAAAGAAAUCAAGACAAAAGCAGAAUUAAUCUAGAGUUAAAUACACUGCUACUACCUGCAUCUGCCCAAACCCAGAAGAGUUCCAGGUUUUGCUGGGAGGAGAGAGGCAUCAGAUCCUCUGACUCAGCAGAGGAGGAGAAAGAGACAAAAAAAAAUGAAACCAAAGAAAAAUAUCAGAAAAGGCAUGAUUUGGAAAAUGAAGAAAAAGAUCAAAAAGAACCAAAGGGAUUAAAAUCACUUAAGGAAAUGAGAAAUGCAUUUGAUAAACUUAAAAAAACUGCAGAAGAAAACAAUGAUGUUCUUGAGAAUAAUCGAAAAAGAGAAGAAAUAGCAUUCGAUUGUAAAACCACAGAUCAAAAAAUCAAGGAAAACAAGUAUUCACUUAUAGAAAAGAAAAAUACCAGAGAUGAAACUGACACUUGGGCAUACAUUGCUGCAGAAGGUGAUCAAGAGGUUUUGGAUAGUGUAUGUCAAACAGAUGAGAGUUCAGAUGGCAGGCAACAAAUUUUGAGUUUGGGCAUGGACUUGCAGCUGGAAUGGAUGAAAUUAGAAGAUUUCCAAAAGCACCUUGAUGGGGAAGAUGAAACUUUUGACACAGCAGAUACAAUUCCGUAUAAUUUAUUGAGGGAUGCUGUGAAAAAUGGAGAUUAUAUUACUGUAAAGGUUGCACUUAAUUCAAAUGAAGAAUAUAACUUGGACCAAGAGGAUUCUAGUGGGAUGACACUGGUGAUGCUCGCUGCAGCAGGAGGGCAGGAUGACCUCUUGAGACUCCUCAUCACCAAAGGUGCAAAAGUGAAUGGGCGCCAGAAGAAUGGAACCACAGCCCUCAUUCAUGCUGCUGAGAAGAACUUUCUAACCACAGUGGCUAUUCUUUUGGAAGCGGGAGCUUUUGUAAAUGUUCAACAGAGUAAUGGUGAGACUGCACUCAUGAAGGCAUGUAAAAGAGGAAAUUCAGACAUUGCACGACUUGUGAUUGAAUGUGGAGCUGACUGCAACAUUUUGUCAAAGCACCAAAAUAGUGCACUGUAUUUUGCAAAGCAGUGUAACAACGUGCUUGUGUAUGACCUGCUGAAGAGCCAUUUGGAGACGCUUUCAAGAGUGGCAGAGGAAACAAUUAGGGACUACUUUGAAUCUCGCCUUGCUCUCCUAGAACCUGUUUUCCCAAUAGCAUGUCAUCGACUCUGUGAAGGGCCAGAUUUCUCAACUGAUUUUAAUUAUAAGCUUCCUCAGAACAUACCAGAGGGCUCUGGUAUCCUGCUUUUUAUUUUCCAUGCUAACUUCUUGGGUAAAGAAGUUAUAGCUCGUCUCUGUGGACCAUGCAGUGUACAGGCUGUAGUUUUAAAUGAUAAAUUUCAACUUCCUGUUUUUCUGGAUAGUCAUUUUGUUUAUUCAUUCAGCCCUGUUCCAGGCCCCAAUAAACUCUUUAUAAGGUUGACUGAAGCACCCUCUGCCAAGGUCAAGUUGCUAAUAGGUGCAUACAGAGUGCAACUGCACUGACCAAAGGAUUGGAACAGACCUAUGUAUGGAUGGAUUCCUAAAUAUUCUCUUUGAAGCAGUUCAGAGUUCUGGCAUGCCUAUAAUGUUCAAAUGUAAAGUUUCAUCUGUAAAACACUUGCAGUUUAAGUCUUUAAUCUGUUACAGAUACAUAAAGUCAAGUUACAAGCAUUUGUGCCAUUGUUUGGAAACCUCAAUGUUGUAUCCAGACUGCAUAUUUUAUUUCCACAAUGUGGAAUGGUACAUAUGAGGAAUAAUUAAGAAAAUUAAAGUCUUUUUGAACUUAAAA